AUGAGAAAUGGCACAGCAAUUGCAGCGUUCAUCCUCCUAGGUUUUCCUGGCGGCCAAGGAUUCCAAGCCCCUCUCUUCACAGUGAUCUUUCUCAUCUACGUAUUAACCCUUGUAGGCAAUGGCCUCAUUAUCGUCAUUGUCUGGGUUGAGCCAAGACUACAAAUUCCAAUGUACUUCUUCCUUUGCAAUCUGGCCUUCCUGGAGAUCUGGUACACCACCACCGUCAUCCCCAAACUACUGGAAACCUUUGUGGUGGCAAAGACGGUCAUUUGCACUCCCUGCUGCUUGCUGCAGGCCUUCUUCCACUUCUUCCUGGGUACCACUGAGUUCUUGAUCCUCACUGUCAUGUCGUUUGACCGCUACCUGGCCAUCUGCAAGCCCCUGCGCUACCCCAGCAUCAUGACCAGCAACCUGUGCCUGCAGCUGGCCUGCAGCUCUUGGGUGGUGGGCUUCUUCAUUGUCUUUGGUCAGACAGUGCUGCUCAUCCAGUUGCCCUUCUGUGGCAACAAUGUGAUUGAUCAUUUCUACUGUGAUGUGGGGCCCAUCUUGAAAGCAGCCUGUGCGGACACCAGCACACUGGAACUCUUGGGUCUCCUGGCAACCAUCAUCGUGAUCCCAGGGUCGCUCCUGUGUACCAUCAUUUCUUAUAUCUGCAUCGUGUCCACUAUCCUGCACAUCCCUUCAGCCACCGGCCGCCAAAAGGCUUUCUCUACCUGUGCCUCUCACCUCACGGUUGUCUCCCUGCUCUAUGGAGCUGUUUUGUUCAUGUACCUGAGACCCACUGCACACGCCUCCUUUAAGAUGAACAAAGUGGUAUCUGUGCUGAAUACUAUCCUCACACCCCUUCUGAAUCCCUUUAUUUAUACCAUUAGAAAUAAGGAGGUAAAAGGAGCUCUAAAACAGGCAAUAAUGUCUCCAAAGACUCAGCAUGCAAAAUAA